GAAGCUGAUAUGAGGCGCGAAAGUGAGAGGAAAGAGCAAGAGAAGAAGAAAACACAGAAGGUUGAGUUUAUCUCAGGGGGUGCGCAACCAGGAAUUGUAGCUAGCGCUCCUAGGAUUAGCAUGCCUGUUGCAGGUGCUUCUACUGUGACUGCAAGUGGGUUGCCUUUGGUGCCUCCUACAGCUGACUCUAUUAAUCGGGAUGGUAGACAGAAUAAAAAAUCAAAAUGGGAUAAGGUGGAUGGUGAUCGAAAAAAUUCUCUGCCCUCUACGGGUCUGGAUUCUGUAUCUACUACUGGAGCUCAUGCAGCAAUUUUAACUGCUGCUAAUGCUGGUGGUGGAUACAUGCAAUUUGCGUCAUUCAUUGAUAACGGAUAGCGGUUUAUAGCGGUGAGCCAAAAAUCUGUUAUAAACAUAUGGCGGACGGCAUGGUGGCCUGUGGCAAAAGAAAAUAAUAUACAUAUUCAAAAAAAAAAACUGCAUUACAUAAAUCACAAACAGCAAAAAUAAU